AUGUCUGCUGCUCAAAGUACGCAUACUCCUCGAGGGGACGAGGUCGAAGGGACUAAGCUAACGCCGCUCGCAACAGGCAACGCUGCUGUCUCCCAAUCGACCUCGACGACGACCCCUAGCACGACGUCGGUGCACGCUCCCCCUCCUGCCGCCUACGCCCCCAAUGCCGGUCCCGUCACGCCAAAUGUCUCCCACGGCUCCGCACAAGGUCCAUCUGCCAACAGCAAUGGUCCACAAACACCUCAACCGUCUCAACCCUCUACGACCAACGGUGUCCAUCCAACGCACAACGACACCGCUACGACCACCGACGAGUCUGUCGAGCCACAAUGGAACGGUCCAGACCGCACGUUCUCCGGUUUCAUCCAUUCCUCCUAG